AUGGAGGAAAGAGUUACCAGCCGAGGUCAAGGUGAAAGGGCUCUGACAUCUGCCCAAGAGAAAAUUGAAAGAGUUGAGCUCCAUGCCUUUGGCGAUGGAGUAACAACGGAGUGUGUGCAACAGUGCAUGCAGUUGUGAGACAGCCAUCAGGGGUGAGCCAGGGUUUGGUUACUGCAAAGGCUCGACUAGCGAAGCAUGGGCUGACCAUUCCGCGAUUAGAGCUGGUGUCGGCACAUAUAGCAACGAACCUUAUCACAAACGUAGAGAAGGCGCUUGAAGGGUUUCCUGGUAACGUCGCUAUGGAUGGCUGGAUAGCUCAGUGGCUCUCCAUUGGAUAAACGGUGGCGGCGAGUACAAAUAGGUCAUAGCAAACAGAGCGAUGAAAAUACAAGAGCAUUCAGGGAUCACUUGGCGCCACGUACCCACCAAGGAAAAUCCGGCAGAUCUGGGAAGUCGAGGAGGGCAAGUAGAUGACAGCAAGCUGUGGUGGCAAGGACCAGAAUAGCUUUCAGACAAAGAAAAGUGGCCUACAGACAUCGUGACAGGCCGCACUCCUGAGAGCCAAGCAUAGGCUAAAAUUACCAAAGAACUUUUAAAUGGCGCCACUGCGACAACUGGGUGCCUCAAUGUUCUGCUAGGGAAAUUUGAAAUGACCAAGACGUUGAGGAUUGUCGCCUGGACCGCGCGAUUCAUACGGAAUUCACACCUGAAGAAACAAGAAAGAAUGAUGGGUCCAUUGACGACCAACGAGAUUAAAAACCAGCACCUGUUUUGGACCAAGCGCCCUCAAGAGAUUCAAAGCGAUGAUGUGACAGACGAUCGACAAAGACUGGGUUUAAAAGAAAACGACCAGGGGAUACUCAUAUGUCGAGGUCCUGUACAGGUACAUUACUCGGUAUACCUGCCUGACAAGCACCCCUACACAGUGAAACUCGUUGAAGACGCCCAUCGCUGUACGUAGCAUGGAUUAGUCGGUUUAACAAUGGCGCGGAUCAGAGACCGUCAUUGGGUGCAGAGGCUCAGACGUCUGACCAAGAGUGUUAAAACAGAUAAAACAGUGUUAUGGUUGUCACCGUUUCCAAGUCAGAGCCGCUGCUAAACCACCUCUAGUCCUUAGAACUAUCGUGCGACCGGAUACCUUUGACAACUCAGGAACAGCUAGACCCGGAGGUUCGAGAGUUCAGACCUACCCGUGACGCUGCAAUGGCAGCGAGAGAACGAAUGCAAGAUAUUGCUGACAAAGAGCAAGCGAACUGA